GCGUCCCGGUCCCGCAGGAGCCGCAGCCCUGAGCGUCCGCGCGCUGCGGGCCGGCCGAGGAGGGGCGCGCCUGGACGCACGGACCCCGGAGCCGCCCCGGAGCAUGUGGAAGCUGAGCCGGAGCCGGGUGCUCUUGGACGAGCCCCCCGAGGAGGAGGACGGCCUGCAGGGGGGGGGGCCGCCCGCCGCCGCCGCCGCCGCGGCCGCGCAGGUUCAAGGAGCAAGUUUCCGAGGUUGGAAAGAAGUGACUUCUCUGUUUAACAAAGACGAUGAACAGCACCUGCUGGAAAGAUGUAAAUCCCCCAAGUCCAAAGGAACUAACUUACGGUUAAGAGAAGAGCUGAAGACAGAGAAGAAGCCUGGAUUUUGGGACAAUUUGGUUUUAAAACAGAACAUACAGUCUAAGAAACCAGAUGAGAUUGAAGGUUGGGAGCCUCCAAAACUCGCUCUUGAAGAUGUGACGGCCGAUCCCCCAGGGGAUGCGGCGAGCGGCCGUCCUCCUCGGCCAGGCUGGGAGGAGGACAGCAAGAGCUGUAGCAAGUACAGCAGCCUGGCGAGCUCAGGGAACAGCUCCCGCUGGAGCCUGCGGUCGGCGGGGAAGCUGGUGGGCAUCAGACGGCACAGCAGAGGCCACCUGACGGACAACUGGGAGGAGCUGGAGUGACAUGCACAGACCCCGUGUCCCCAGACCCCCGGCGUCACCCCCAUGUCUUCUUUCUGUCUGUCUCUGUGCAGGGUCUGAGGUUGCUGCAUCGUGCCGUGUAUGUCUGUAUGUCUGCCAGUCCCCUGGUCUUCCCCGUGUGCCCACGUCUGUUCACCUCCGUGGGCCGACGGGAGAGCCUCAGCAGGUAGCGGCCUCGCUGGGAAGUCUGCAGACGCGGGUGUGAGCAUCUGUGCGUGCCGUCCUUCCCCAGGCUCCCCGUCCCCCACCGGGAUCCCUGUCUCCUGCAUGUGGUGUCCGUGUGCGCCUGUGACACUCGCCCGUAGCUGCUGUGCGGGGCGCUCCUGCGUUGCCAGAAGCUUGACCUCCAGCUGUCAACCCAACCUUCCAAAGGUCAUGUUACAUUGUGUUCACCUGGCAGAUUAAACUUCUUUUCAUGUUAAAUACCAGGGAAGCCGGGGUUACAUCUGAUCAAGCACGAAACGCCACCUCGGCAGAGCAUCUUCAUCUCUGGCCCUGGGAGGAGUCGUCUCCAGGGCGCACGGUGGACGGUUCUUCUAGGGUUUAAUCCUACCUGUCCUGACCUUUAUGUUCUUCUGAAAACAUGUUCUUUGAUUGCAGGUUAAGGAAAACCAUGAAGUGUGGGUCAGUUUUACUUAAUACUCAAGUUGUUUUUGGAAAAUACUAACUUGCUGAUGGAGUUAAAACUGUAUAUAAAAUACUGCAAGUGCCUCUUUUCUAUAACGUCCAGGUGUUUGGUUUCCAAAGCGAGCAAGCUGCCGCGGCCCCGGCUGGACGCCAAGGAAGGGCAGGCCACGCUCUGGGCUCGGAUCUCCUUGGCAGGACGGCCGUGUCCGCAGGCGGCGCCCACGUCAGUCUCAGGCAGUGGUGGUUUGAAAGAGAAGCUGUAGGGGUUUGGGUUAAACACAGAAGCCUCCAGUGACACCUGCACGCCUCUGGUGGGCAACGCGGUCCUCCAGUUGCUCCGCGGGCACAUCUGUGCCGCUCAGCCAGCGCCGGCCCUUGGCGGGACUCCCAGUGGUAAUGUCAUCAGUCUGUCCUCCGUCCAUCUGUCCAUACACCUUUUUUUAAUAGAACAAGUAGCUUACUUGACUGAGUUUUUAAUGGGGGGCCUGUUUUAAGUGGCAUUAAAUUAAUCCGUUUUGUUAGAACCUUGAGAUGCCGGAGGCUGUGUUUUGUGAUGCUGGUGGUGGUCAAGUUAACUAGCUGGAAAGCCUUGUCUCCUCAGGGAAGGGGUUCAGUAGGUAGCCUGUGGCCCCGCUGCCGCUGGAGGCGCAGGGGAGGAAACCCCAGGUCCGGGACUCUGGGGCGCGGGCCGAGCGGAGUCUGGACCCCGAGACCCGCCGCACGUUGCCGCACUCGCGUGUGGGGACGCUAAGUGCCUGUAACUCACCUCCGUGCGAAUCUGUGACGCAAGGCUGGCGACACUCCUUCCUAUCGUUUCUCAAAAUCUGAAGACAAAGCCAGAUCGGAGUUGGAAUAUGCACUGUAAAUCACAUUUUUCUUAUCUACCAAGAUUAAUGUCAAAAUAAGCUUUUUCUUCUGUUGAAUCUGAUUAAAUAAGUAUGUUUGUGGUUUUUAAUGUAUUUAUUGAUGUGCUUUGGGAGAAAAGUAUUUUUUCUUGAUAGAAUUUACCAAAGCAACGCUGUGCUGUUCACAGGUCAAUGAGAACGGGGUUUUUGUCUGAUUCUGUGAACACACGACUUCACUGUGCAAAGGGCGAGUGGUCCGUGUGCCUCCUACUGUGCUCACUUCGUAAAGGACAGUGACUGGCUUCGAAGGAGGUAGAAUUCAUUCUCAGUGCUGAGGUCUUAAAAAAAAAUAAAAGUAUUGUUCAUUUCCUCUUUUGUUAUUAGUUUGCAUGGUUAUUGGCAUCCACUUUGGGGUGAAUGCUUCCGGGGACUUUUGUCACUAAACGCUGAUGGCACUUUUCUUGAUCCCUCAAACCUCAUUUUAAAAUGCAAACAACACAUGUAGACUUUUUCAUAAAUAAAUGGCCAAUUUCAACAUAA